AUGGAUAUGACUUUUAAACCAAAAUCAACACCUAGAACAGAAAACGAACCAGACCUCAUAAAAUGGUGGCUCUUGAAAGGAGACAAGGUGCAGGAGUUUUGUAAUGAAUUAGAUAACUUAGUAUUCCCGGGAGAAGGUCAUAAAGAUGUGAACGCAAAUUGGAUGGACAUACAAGCCAAGAUUCUAAAAGCUGCAGAAAAGGUACUAGGGCGAACGAAAGGUGGAAAGCGCAUAUCGAUGGAGACGUGGUGGUGGAGUGAACCAGUACGCACAGCCCUUAGAAGAAAGAAAGAGGCGUUUAAAACAUGGCAAUCCACCAAGACAAAUGAAGAUAGGCAGCAGUAUAAACAGAGUAAGAAAGAGGCCCGACAAGUGAUCGCAGUUGAAAGAUCCAAAGCUACAAAAGAACUGUAUGCAUCCUUAGAAAAGAAAGACGGUCAUAAGCUCAUAUACAAGCUAGCUAAAUUGCGAAACCAGGCUACCAAAGAUUUUGUGAAGAAUAAAAUACUUAAGGGACCAGACGGAAAUCUAGUGUACAAUAGCAAGGAUAUCCUGAAAACAUGGCACCAGUAUUAUGAUGCAGCUGGGUCAGUACCGGUGGAGAGAACGAAAAUUAUAGGAGCGAGUGGAUCAGAGUCGGCGUAUAGAGCUGCAAGAUCUGCUGGCUGCGGCUCAACGAAACGAGCCCCAAGACCUCAUACUACGUAG